AUGGAGUCUUUAGAAUCCCACAAGUAUUGGAUGAAAAAGUCCCUUCAGUUUGCAGACAACGCCCUGAAACGUGGAGAAGUGCCAGUUGGUUGUAUUUUUGUUUACGAUGACAAGGUCAUUGCAACUGGUAGCAACACAGUAAAUGAGACCAAAAAUGCUGCAAGACAUGCAGAGAUGAUCGCAAUCGACGAAGUUCUCGAAUGGUGUGGGAAAAAUGACAAAGACAGCAAGGACGUGUUUGGUCAUUUAACGGUUUACGUUACAGUAGAGCCGUGUAUAAUGUGUGCCGGGGCCCUAAGGCUUAUGAGAGUACCUCUGGUUGUUUAUGGGUGUAAUAACGAGAGGUUUGGUGGUUGUGGAUCAGUCCUGGACGUACACUCGGACGACAUUGUUGACUAUGGUAGCAAGUUUCAGUGUAUAAACGGUGUCUACCUUGAGGAGGCGGUUAAACUUUUGAAAGACUUUUAUUCGGGUGAAAAUCCAAAUGCUCCAGAGGAAAAAAAGAAGUUAAAAACAGGAAGAGUGUGA